UUAAGCUAAUUACGUUGUAGCUCUGUAACUCCGCCUAAACUGUAUAAAGCCUUUUAUAAUGGUAAAGAGUCAAAGUUGAUGUCUUUUGUUGAGAGUCGAUUUUAUUGUGUUAAUGAACGACCUAUGCCGUGAUGAGCACUCGAUUACCAUGGAAACUAAUCGAUUAAUGCAACAAUGCGAUUUGAUUUGUGAUUUGAUUUUCCACACAGGAAUCUGCGUUGUACUGGUAGCGUGCACAAUGUAACGAACGUCUGAUUGAUUCAAUAUCGAGAAAUGUCCUUUGCCACUUUUGAUGACGAUGACGAGGAUGGGAUCGAUCGAAUAGUCUUGUCGCUAGAACAAGUUUCUCACGAACCGGGGGAAUUCGUAGCAUCGAGCGAUGCUCUGUUGACUGGUUGGACUGUAGAUCGCUGUGUAGCUCCAAAUGAAAACAAACCUUCGUCUCACCGAUCCUCUCUGGCCGUAAAAGACUCUAAAGAUCUGAGAUCGAGUACUCCUCGAAAGAUAUUUUCUCGCCAGAGAAAUCGUAAUGACGUGAUCGAGUUUAAACAUUACCUACACCCUGAGAAAUACAUCGAAGAGUACAGGAAUGAAAAGACUAAGCGACAAGAAGCUGCUCUGAGAGAAUUAGCAAACAAGACCGAUAGAUGCAGAGCGUCUGAUAGCAGUGUAGAGUUGAGAAAAACUUGUACAAAUUGCGAUUAUUUAGAGAAUGGAACGUCCAAACACGUCCCUAGUGUUGUAAGUAUGAAGGAAGUACAAACAGUUGAAGAUGACAAUACUGUUAAGCCGUUCAUUGUUGUCAAAUCAAAAGGAUUGACUCGACCUGCUAAUUUGCCAAUGUCGGGACAAUUCCACGGCAGAAAACUUCAGUGGAGGCCAUCUGUUACGAACAGAAAGAUAACUCACUCAAAGCCAUCACCUUGGAGUCAAGCACACAUUGAUGUGACUCUUGAGAUUACAUCACAGGGUGGUGGUGACGUCAGUCAGUUGGUCCACACCAGCAAACAGAACGAGGAUAACAAUUUAUUCCAAGAGAGAAGAUCAUCGGCGAACUUAGUGAUCAAGAGAGCAGACUUAGGAGGUUCACCAACUGCAACACUGCGAACAAACAACAAAAGUCCGUCCCCAGCUACUCGAGCUAUCACUUCUCAAGCUAUCAUAACUCAGUGCUCUCCGAUUGAAAAAUGCGACGCAUGGGUGAAAAACCGAGAUAAUGAAUUGGGAAAUUUCUCCAGCAAAGUGAAGGAACAGCUCAGCGCAAAACCGCCGACUGUUCGAAGAAUUCUCGCGUCAUCUGGACACUCUACACCGCUUUCUUUACGCGGAAACUCGGUGAGCUCUCCUCAGAAAGAUUCGUCUGGUCCACGAUCGACGGAAAGCUCAGCGAGUUCAACUGGAAUGGAUUAUUCUAAAUAUACUGACAUGUUUAAGAAUGUGUUAGAAUUUUACGGAACGAGACGUUUGAGGCCAAAAUCACAUUCAGCAGUGGAACAGUUAUUAUCCAUGAAGACAUGACAAUCGCAUAUUUGUACAGAGAGGACUGUAGGCCUGUCUGUAGAGUAUGUCUGUAGAGUUCUUUUUAAGCGUUGAUUCAGUUUGAAUGCCAGAAUCCGGCGCUGCAUUGCACGUUCAAGAUCUCGUCAAGUU